CCACCAUAAUCCAACCACCUCCGCUUUGCCCCGGUUUCAAACCAAAGGCAAUCGCGUGCCAGGCCAGGCCAGGCCAGGCCAAACCAAACCAAAGCAGCAGCACCAUCGAAAGCGACGACAGGCAGCGGCAGCACAGGCAACGUGGGCGUAAUCACCAGCUGCUCUGCUAUGGUAGCAGUAGCAGGGUGGUGGUGGUGGUGGUAAUCAGAUUAGAUCGCAGGAAUUCGGGUUAAAACAGAGGGAGCAGUAUAAAAACCGGGCAGCGAACGCGACCCGGCAAAGGCAUACACACACCACCGUCGCGCUCCCCACGCCUUCCCCUCUCCCACGCGCGGCAAGCGGCCACCGCCUCGGAGCCUGCCGCCAGCCAUGGCGCCGUUCCAGAUGCGGUUCGGGCUCGGGAUCUCACCGUCGCGCACCUACGACGACGAGGAGGAGGAGGAGGAGGAAGACGACGAGGAAGAAGAGGAAGAGUUUGAAGAGGAGGGGGAGGAAGACGACAUGGAGGCGGAGAGCGACGGGACGGCCUCGCCGCCGUCGACGAUGAUGCAGGCCGGGAGGGGAGGAGGGCUGGUGGGCGCGGUGGUCGGCGCGCUGCGGAGGUCGCUGGUCAUGUGCAGCGCCGGCGCGAUGGGGGACGCCGACGACAGCGACAGCGACGACGAGGAGGGGAUGGAGAUUGGGCGGCCCAUGGACGUGCGGCACGUCGCCCACGUCACCUUCGACCGCUUCGGCGGCUUCCUCGGUCUCCCCGCCGACCUCGAGCCCGACGUGCCCCGCCCCACGCCCGGCGUCAGUGCAAGUGUAUUUGGCGUUUCACCAACCUCUUUGCAAUGUUCAUAUGAUCAAAGAGGAAAUAGUGUGCCCACAAUACUCAUGAUGAUGCAGAGGAAGUUGUAUCUACGAGAAGGACUUAAGAUUGAAGGGAUCUUCAGAAUUAACGCAGAGAAUGGUCAAGAAAUCUGCGUCAGGGACCAAUUAAACAGUGGCGUUGUUCCGGAUGAAGUUGACUUACACUGCCUGGCUGGGUUGAUAAAGGCAUGGUUUCGGGAACUUCCAACAGGAGUAUUGGACACGCUGACUCCAGAGCAAGUAAUGCACUGCAACACAGAAGAGGAGUGCGCUCUCCUUGCUUCUAUGCUACCACCAGUUGAAGGGGCAUUACUUAAUUGGGCUAUUAACCUAAUGGCCGAUGUUGUGGAGCUCGAAAACUACAACAAGAUGAAUGCGCGAAACAUCGCUAUGGUUUUUGCGCCAAACAUGACUCAGAUGGCCGAUCCCUUAACCGCCCUGAUGCACGCAGUUCAGGUGAUGAAUUUCCUCAGGACUCUGAUCGUAAGGACCCUAAGGGAAAGGGAGGAGGCAGCUGCAGCAUCCAUGACAUUGCAGUCAUGCUCUGAUUCCCCAAAUGACCAAGACGAACCUCAGAUGCCAGAGCAUUUGGAGAAACCGUCCACUUGUUCAAUUCAGGAGAGGGUCGAUCACCCUAUGAUUGACAAGGCUAUUUCUGAACAGCUUCUGUCCGAAGCUCAACAAGUCCUGCAUAACUCGAAAAAUGAUUUCGAAGAACAAGAGAAGAAGUGUGAUAUGGACCACAGUAAGUGCCACAGUGGAGUUCCUCCACGUCACAACGAUCCGAAUAGCCGAAUGAGCGGUUCCGGAAAAGAAUUUGGUAGCAGAAACGCGGAGGGCUUGUUCGACAGAUUUAGUUUCAGGAAAGGUGUGGAGAGGCUGUGCAGGCACCCUGUGUUUCAGUUGAGUAGGUCCAUGAGGAAGGCCCCAGACGUGGCUGUGUUUGAUGCUCCCAGAGAAGCAAGACAAGCCUGGGUAUGAUAUGACAGUGAGAUAGUAUUGGGAUUGUAUGUAAUGGUAAUGGAGUUAUUUUCGCUUUUUUUUUUUUGGCUUAGUUGAUGAUGAUUGGCCGUUCCUCUAGUUUGUGUGAGUAGAAACGGUUUAGCCAGUUAGUUUGUAGGUACUGCAGAUUUCAGUGUACAUUAUAAAUUGUUAACUGACGACAACGUGUGAAAGAUUGCAUGUGGUUCCCUAUAUAAGUGAACGAAUGUUCACAGUGAACUUUGACUC